GCUCAUUUGCCGGCACUUAUUGAAGCGAGCACGAAGAAGGGACACGGAAGGGAUCUAAUGGUUUACUCUUCCCGGUCUCGUGUGCAAAUUGCUCCGCGGUCACACAGAACUGUGCAGGCCCGCAUGCAAAAAUUCACACGUAUGAUCCCUCUAGAUGUCUUAGGAGAAACACAGCUCCAACAUGUUGCACGUGCUGAUGACUAAUAACGAAUCCUUAGACUGUUACCAUAUAUUCUAUUAGUCACUAGUUAAACGGGCCACAGAUGCAGACUGCAGCAAAACACGAAAUGAGUCCCCUAAGUCGGAUAAGUCAUAUCACAUGUGACACGGCGAGACGCUUAUAGUACUUUACAGUAACGGUGAGCAGCCAGUGUAGCAGGCAGCCAUGGCGGAUUGGAGUAGAAGACUUCUUUCCUCCCUCGGAUGGUCCAUGUGACUCUGUGCGCCGCUGCAGUUGGCCAGAGGAGACAAAGUGUCUGUAGCUCUCAAUGUGGGUGUGCAGUGUGGCUCAGUGCGCCACUUUCUUUUCUCGAUCUGUAUUCCAAUGCAAAAACAUACUGGCUCCAGGUCUCGGUCGUGGUCCAGGUCUCAUUCUCCGUCUCAUCACCGGGAGAAGAAGUAUCAGAGGGGCUCCCACAACGGUCGAGAGUUCCGGGGAUUCCACCGCGGCUUCCGGAGGCCGUUCAACUUCAGGGGCCGAGGGCGGGGCUUCUUCCCACGCGGACGCUACCAGCGCGGCGGCUAUGACUACAACAACAACAACAACGGCAACCACAACAACAACAACAACUUCCGCCCCAACUGGAAGAAUUACAAGCAGUACCCCGAGAGACCACAGCAGCAGAACCAGCCGCGAGGACGCCCUCACAAUCCCCAGCAGCGCUCGGGAAGCCCCCCCCGCGGGCCCCCCAACCACUCCGACCGAUCCCCCUCGCCGCUGUCCAGGCACUCCCAGCACUCCUCCUCUUCCUCGCACUCCUCCUCUCCCAAAUGGAAGCCAACCGUGCCGCAGACUAACCAGGGCCCCAAAGACGAGAAAGAGGAGCUCUGUGCCCCCGGGGAGCUUCAGGGGGGAGGAGGGGGAGGCGAGGAGCCAGGGGAGCUCGCCGGGCUGGAAGGAGAUGCCAAAGAGGGGAACUGCACCGGCAGUCCAAAGGGAGCGAGUCCCGUGGCGAGCUGUGCUGCUGCUGCCGCCGUUGGUCAGAGCAGCCAAACGACGAGCCAGUGCGGUCCUUCCCCUAAGGUCACAAAUGACAUCGGCAACGGCGCCCCCUCCUGGAAGAUGGCGUGUAGUAGUUCAUCCUCGACCAAAAAGAUACUACACGAAGGUCUGAAUCCGAUGCUUUCCAGCUACGACUUCUUCUCCAGCGAGGAGUACCUGGACGGAGAUAAAACAGCAAUAUCCGUGGCCUUCAGACAGUUUUUGGAGGAGCAAAAAAAAAAAAAAGCUAAAGCUUUUGAAAACGGCAAGAACACCGAAGCGAAUGACGUGGACAUGGAGCAAGGGAGGAUGAAGAGCAAAACAACCACCAUUAUCUCGGACUCCAGGAAGUACAGAGAGGACCCCGAUGCCGAGGUGUCCCUGAGGAGCUUUUUGAAGGCUUCUCCUUUUCUGUCCGCUGACGAGGAAGAGGAGGAGGAGGAGGAGGCGGUGAACAAGCCUCAUCUAAAGCCGCUUCACAGGGACUGGCACAACGGGGACGGGUCCUUAAAGGCGAAGAUCAAGGUCCCUCAGUCAGCCGGGGAGCUCUUUGAUGAACGCUUCGGUAAGUGGCAGAAUGUGACCUUCUCGCGGGCGGUCGACCGCGACGCCACAGAGGACGUUCAUCUCACUCGAAAGCAGGGGAAAGCAGCGGGCGUCGCGGCCGCCCUCGCCAAGAGGGAGUUGGCGAGAAAAUGUGAGAGGUUGUCCCCCGACGUUGGGGGCAAAGCCAGGAAGGUGGCAAAAUCUCCCUCCACCUCGUCCUCCACACCACCACCAACGAGGAGGAGGAGCUCUGACCGAGAGCUCAGGGGAGAGGACUUCACGUCGUCGAGGAAGCAAGAAGCCAAAUUAAACGUCAGGAUGGACUUCCUUGGAGAUAGCCUGAUGAGGUCUUCGGAUAUUUUAGCGGAGGAGCGACAGCUGUCUCAAGAUCUUGUGCAGUCCUCAAAAAAGGAUCAGGAGUUUCGCUCGAUCUUUCAACAUGUUCAAGCGGCUCCGGUACAGAAAAGUCCCUCCGAGCUGUUUGCUCAACACAUCGUCACCAUUGUCCACCAAGUCAAAGCUCAGCACUUUGCAUCCUCCGCCAUGACUCUAAACGAGCGGUUCACCGUGUACCAAAGACGAGCCGCGGAGAAGGAAAUGACGAAGCCGAGGAAAAGCCCAGAGAUACACAGGAGAAUUGACGUUUCGCCGAGAGCUUUUCAGAAACACUCUCAGCUUUUUGAGGCGAUGAAAAACUCAGAGGAUGGCACUUACAAGGACGGCGGAGAAAAAAUAACAGGCGAUCCGAUGGACCUUCGUUUGGAUAUUGAGCGCCGUAAAAAAUGUCCCGCCCACGACAGAGAUUCUAACCAGGAUCUGGGCGGAGAUGUGGGAGAUUCCCCAGAUUCCAGCAGGGACGGAUCCUUGGAGAAGCUUUCCCAAACCAGCGAAAGGUCAAAUAGGAAAAGUCAGAAGAAGCGCCCUCGCUCAAGUUCCUCCUCGUCUUCCGAGGCCUCUCGGUCCCGCAAAGAAGACUCGUCUGAUCCCAAAGAUAAAGGCUGCGACCGGGCCCAGCCGGGUCAAGCGGAGCCCACGGGACCGGUGGGACGGGGGAGGCCACGUGGAGGAUUUCAAGUCCGUAUUCGCGGGCGGAGCUGGAACGGAGGCAGUUACCGGGGAAGCUCUUCGCACAGAAACAUGACGACACACGUGGCCGCGCAGCCCGAAAGCGAGGACUGGGACGCCGAUCACACCGAGAAGAGAAGGAAAUACUUCCUGCACGACGACAGAGAGCGGGAGGCCGAGGGGAAGGCGGCGGACGGCCGGGGACGCGGAAGCUUCUCGCGGGGGAGGGCGCGAUUCAUCGUCCGCAACACCGGCGGCCCCAAAUGGGCCGACGACAACAAGUUCCAGGUCAACGGCGAGCACCAGGAGACGCGUCAGGACCACAAAGACGGAGAGGACACCUGAGCCGGUGAAGCAGCGCUGUGGGAAUCUUCAUUUUCUUCCGCGUCGCGAGAAUCCGAAAGGAUAUUUAUCCACAGCAAUGGGUUCAAGAAUGCAAAUCGAGACUCUUUUAUGCCUUAAUUUCGACGUAGGAUGUUCGCGCUCACUCGACGGGACGAUUUCCCACACGAGGUCAUAACUAGUAGAAGCACUGUUUAAGCUAGAAUUGCUAAAAGUUGGAUUCAUAUUAAAAUGUUUUAUUGCUUUGAAUUGGUUGGAUUGGAAUUUUACUCCUUCCUCACAGGAAUGAAAAUGACUACCUAAAUUUGACAUUUUUAAGCAGCGAGAGAUAUUAAAUCAAAGAUCAAGUGAGCCGGUACCUUUUUACUUAUGCAAACGGUUACAAGGGAAAUGAUUUUUUUUUAAAAGCCGGCGUGCUGGUUUUGAGCUGUGUCUUGAUUAGAACGAGUACACCGUAGUUCAUGCUGGUGUAAAAACGUCGCCGUUUGUCCGACGCGCCGCUCGACAAAAGCCCCUGAUCUGACGCGGGACCAAACUGUACGGGGUCAAAAGGUUAAGCUCGGCGGUCUUUCGUUGUCCUUCGAUUCUGACACCACAUGAGACUGUUACUAUGAGGAGAACUACAUUUAACGUCCCAUUAGCGCUUGAUCUUCUAAACCACUCAUCAAUGUGUAAUGUUGAUAGUGAUUAUAUAUAUUUUUUAACUGGCUCGACGGGACUUUUGUCUGCAAAUAAAUGCCGUUGAUUUCGCUGGGUUUUUUAUUCGCCGUUUUGCAAACUUUUCUCCCGUACUGUUUUAAUCGGUUGUGUAACUGUAGUUGUGUUCCACUGUGUUUCCAUCGUGAUAGAUAGGAGCAUUUGUUUAUUCAACACAAGUUUAUAGAUCACAGGCUUCAGUGCGUUUUUAGUGCUUUUAUCUGAUAAUUCUGAAUAAUAAAAAGUGUAGGAUUAGGAUUAUCUCUGUUUGCUUAAGCGCCCACCCAACUGAAUUACACGUCCCUGUGCCUUGCUGCGGGUCCGCUGGUCUUAUGUGUAAUGCCGGCCUCCAGAUUGAGAUUCUCGUUUUAUUGUUUGAAGGUUACCUGCUUGGGAAAUAUUGCUUUUCUAAAUGGUUGUUUUUACUGUUUUCUUUUCCUAGAGAAUGUAAAUUAAAAGAGACACUGAUGACAUCAA